AUGGGCUCAACUUCAGGUAUCACUCCUGAAGUCCUCCAGGAGUCGGAAAGACAUCGGCGGCUGGAACCGUCGCCAUGGUCACGGGCAAAGCAUGUUGAGUCCAACCCCGGGAAGAUCUUUGCUCUGGCAACCAAAUGGCAAGCAAUUUUGCUUCUUGACGAGGCCGAUGUAUUCCUAGAGAGCGGUGGGCCAGGCAAUAAAGUUCUGUCGACAGACAGGAAUGCACUAGUAUCAGAGUCGACAGAGAUCUUACGCAUCAGAGGGACGACAAAGCUUUGGGAGAGAAAGAAGCCGCCAACCAUUAGAGAAUCAUCCUUGGUGGAAAUUGAUGCCGCAUUCGCUCGGACCUUGGGGCUUUCUGAUGGACAAGAGGUCACUGUUGCAUUGCAUUUGGAAUCGCCCUUGGUGGACACCGUCAAUAUCGAGCCUCUUACGCGAGAGGACUGGGAGAUCAUCGAGCUUCACGCCAGCUUCUUGGAGUUUAGUUUGAUCAGACAAGUUCGCGCUUUGCCCAACUCAGGCUACAAUAGCUCCGGGGGUUCAGGCCAUUCAGAUCACCCUAUCACCCUGGCUACUACCUUAGGAGAAACCCAAGCCACGUUUGACCCAUCCGCGCCGUCUUGA